AUUUUUCCUAGCUUCAAGAAAUCGGUCUCCCCAGUGUUUAAAGAAAACAGUGACAUCAAAUCCGGUCGGAGACGACGCCAUAGAUUUGCGGUGUGUGGCUGCAUCUCUGCGCUCAACCCUUGCACAUCCUGGGAACACGUAGCAGUAAAAAGUGGAGCAGAGAACGCGAAGCGUAGUGGACGUCAGCAGUCAGAGUCACAGUGGUUCAGCUUGUGUGGAUGAUUCUGAGUUGGACUGACCUUUUCACCGGGAGAUUCAGCAGCGUUGUCGGGAUGGAGUUAUGACGGAAUGGAUGUGAAUAUGGGCCAGUGGGUGGGCAUACAAGCUUUUCUUCUCAGCCUGGCCCUGCUGCUGCUGCUUUCAAAGCUACCACCCUGCUACAGCCAAAACAGCAGAGGGACUCCUCACGAUGGAUCUACCUUCAGCUUCACUCAGUCCGUGUACCACACCACAGUUUAUGAAAAUUCACCAGCGCGAACCUUUGUCAACAGUAAGAUCAAAAUGGGGAUCCAUGUGGCUCAAGUCUCCUGGGAAAUCCGCUAUAGAAUCACAUCAGGGGACGAUGAAGGAUUUUUCAAGGCAGAGGAGUAUGUGCUGGGUGACUUUUGCUUCAUGCGCAUAAGGACUAAGGGUGGUAAUGCAGCCAUGUUGAACCGAGAAAUUCAGGAUAAUUAUGUUUUGACAGUAAAAGCUACUGUCAAGGGAGAGGCUGUUCUUGAGACUUGGACUAAAGUCAGCAUCCAGGUUUUGGAUAUGAAUGACCUCCGGCCUUUGUUCUCACCUACCACAUACUCUGUCACCAUAGCAGAGAGCACCCCUCUAAGGAGCAGCAUAGCACAAGUUACUGCCACAGAUGCAGAUAUUGGCUCCAAUGGGGAGUUUUACUAUUUCUUCAAGGAGAAAAUGGAACUGUUUGCAGUACACCCAACUAGUGGAGUGGUUUCUCUCAGUGGGAAGCUUAAUGUUGAUGAGCAGAGCCGUUAUGACUUAGAAAUCCUGGCAGUAGACCGUGGCAUGAAGCUGUAUGGAAAUAAUGGAGUCAGCAGUACAGCCAAGCUUUUUGUCCAUGUAGAGCGUGUGAAUGAGCAUGCUCCAUACAUGACUGUGGUCAUCCACAGCCCCUCAUGGGUGGACAAAAACACUGUGUAUGCAAUAGUUACUGUUGAGGACCUGGAUGAAGGCUCAAGUGGGGAAAUAGAGUCAGUGGUCAUUGUGAGUGGGAACCCGUCAGAAUGUUUUUUUAUUGAAAGAUCUGGGGAACAUGAGUUUGCCAUAAAAGCCUCUGAAUCAGUAAACUGGGAGACUUACCCUUAUGGCUUUAACCUGACCUUGCAGGCAAAAGACAGAGGAAACCCACAAAAGUUCUCAGCUGCUGAGGCUAUACACAUUAGUGUCAGGAAACAACAGGAAGCAGAAGCAAAAUUUGAGCAAGAGCUGUAUGAGGUUAGCCUCGAUGAAAUUUCACCACCAGGCACAAUCAUAGAAGCUGUUAAAGUCAGACCAGAACCUGAUGAUGCAGAAUAUAUCCUGACACCGUCUGAAGAUUCCUUUUACUUUCAAAUUAAUACCCUAACAGGUGUCAUCUCUACCAUUCGCUGGUUCACUCAGGUGUCCCGGGAUGUCUUUAAUCUUGAAGUAUUGGAAGUAGACAGUGAGUGCAAAGUCAUAGUGCGGGUAACUAUUUUGGAUGCCAAUGAUAACACACCAACAUUUGUUCAGUCUGCUUAUGAUAUUUUUGUCAAUGAAAGUAUACCAGUUGGGACCAGUGUAUUAACAGUUUCUGCUGUAGAUGAAGAUAAAGGUGAAAAUGGAUACAUAACUUACAGCAUUUCCAGCCUUCACCCAUUACCCUUCAAAAUCAAUCAGUUUUCGGGUGUUAUCAGCACCACUAAAGAGUUGGACUUUGAAUCUUCAUCAGAACAUUUUGUGUUUGUUAUCAGAGCAUCUGACUGGGGCUCCCCUUACAGGCGAGAGAGUGAAGUCAAUGUAACAAUCCACCUGGAAAAUGUAAAUGAUAAUCAGCCAUUGUUUGAGAAAGUAGCAUGCCAGGGAGUGAUUUCAGAGGAUUUCCCAAUAGAUGAAGUGAUUACCACAAUGUCUGCCAUUGAUAUAGAUGAGUUGGCGUUAGUGAAAUAUAAGAUCAUUUCAGGGAAUGCACAGGGGUACUUUGACCUCAACCCAGAUUCUGGAGUCCUUGCACUGCGGCAUUCCCUUGCCACAGCUAGUCCCCAAAACAGUGUUUUUAGUUUAAAAAUAACUGCCACAGAUGGUGAGAAUUUUUCUGACCCGAUGUUUGUUAACAUCUCUGUUGUUCAUGGAAAAUCUCCUCCCAAGUAUUUUACCUGUGAAGAGACAAGGGUGGCCCGAAAAUUAGCUGAAAAGUUACUCAAAAAAUCCAAAACAACCUCUAAGCCUAAAAUCCAGGAUGGUUUUAUUGACAUUUUUUCUGUCAAUUGGCAAACACCCCAAUUUGCAAAAAACUUUCCUACAGAUAUCUCUGUGCGUGAAGAUCUAAAGGUUGGCUCAAGUGUUUUUAAGGUUAAUGCCCAUGAUGGGGACACAGGUUUCAAUGGUCAAAUUCUGUAUUCUAUUCCAAAUGGAAACACUGAUAGCUGUUUUACUAUAGACAUGCAGACUGGUCUUAUUAGUGUUUUUCUGCCCAUGGAUAGAGAGAAGAGAGAUCGUUAUCUCCUUAAUCUAACUAUCUAUGACCUUGGACUUCCACAGAAAACUGCCUGGCGUUUGCUUACUGUCUACAUAGAGGAUGCAAAUGAUAAUGCACCCCAGUUUUUGCAAGAAGGCUAUCAAAUCAUCAUACCUGAAAACACUGCAUUCGGUACAGAUGUCAUUCAGAUUGAGGCCACUGACAAAGAUAUUGGGUCCAAUGGGGAAAUUGUGUACUCUAUUUUGACAAGCACCACACAAUUUGGUAUCCACUCUACUAAUGGGAUAGUGUAUGUAGCUGGCCAGCUAGACAGAGAGCUUGUUUCUACUUUAAAUCUGAAGUUUGAGGCUCGAGAUAAGGCAGACAAAGGGAGCCAAAAGUUUUCUGUGACCACUUUGACAAUUAUUUUGGAAGAUGUGAAUGACUGUCCCCCGCUAUUUAUCCCCAGUGUAUACAAAGCCAGACCUCUGGAGGACCUUCCUGUAGGAACAGUUGUGGCCUGGUUAGAAACCCAGGACCCAGAUUUGGGAUUGGGGGGCCAGGUUCGGUACUCUUUAGCCAACGACUAUAAUGGAUGGUUCGAGGUAGACAGGAUGAGUGGAGCUAUUCGACUCACACGGGAGCUUGACUAUGAGACCAAGCAGUUCUUCAACCUUACUGUGAAGGCCAAAGACAAGGGAAGGCCCGUUUCUCUUCUCUCCGUCACCUUUGUGGAGGUGGAGGUGGUUGAUGUGAACGAAAAUCUCUGUGUUCCAUACUUUCCGCAAUUUGCCUUGAUGGGAUUAGUUAAAGAGAAUGCCGUCAUUGGAACUACCCUACUUCAAGUUAUUGCUAAUGACGACGACGAUGGUAGAGAUGGAGAAAUCCAGUACUCCAUUCUGGAAGGGAGUGGACUUGGACGAUUUGCCAUUGAUGAAGAGACAGGGGUCAUCUACACUACUGAUAUGCUGGACCGUGAAACCAAGGACUCCUAUUGGCUUACAGUGUAUGCCACUGAUCAUGGUGUUGUUCCUCAUUUCACCACUAUGGAGGUGUUCGUCCAAGUGGAGGAUAUUAAUGACAACAACCCACUGACCUCCGAGCCACUCUACCGGCCGUCAGUGCCUGAAAAUUCACCGAAAGAUAUUUCUGUCAUCCAGAUCCAGGCCCAAGACCCCGAUGCCACACCCCCUAAUACUGACACAAGGCUCAACUACCGCAUUAUUGGCGGAAACCCACAGAAUUUCUUCACAAUCAACACCCGAACUGGACUGAUCACUACAACUUACCGGAAACUGGAUCGAGAACAACAAACAGAACACAUUCUAGAGGUGGUGGUGUCAGAUGCUGGUCCUAGUCCCAGGCAGAGUACAGUGUGGGUCAUAGUUAAGGUCCUGGAUGAAAACGACAAUAAGCCCAUAUUUCCUGAGAAAGUCUACCAGGUGAAACUUCCAGAAAGAGAACGCAGAAAGAAAGGUGUGGCCAUCUAUCGCGUGUUUGCAUAUGACCGAGAUGAAGGGCCCAACAGCGACCUCUCAUACAGCAUUGUGGAUGGCAACGAACAUGGGAAGUUCUUCAUUGAUCCUAAGACAGCAGUAGUAUCAUCACGCAAGGCCUUCACUGCAGGGAACUAUGACAUCUUAACCAUCAAAGCGACUGACAGUGGGCAUCCCCAGAAGUCCUCCACAGCUCGACUGCACAUCGAGUGGAUUCAUCGACCAACUCCUGCAACUCUCCCACUGAUCUUUGAUGAGCCAUUCUACAAUUUUACCAUCAUGGAGACUGACAAGGUGGCUGAGAUUGUGGGUGUAGUAUCAUUGCAGCAGAACACCAUCCCCUUGUGGUUUGAAAUCACAGGUCCCAGGUCUUUCCGUGAGAUGUUCUAUAUUCUGCAAAGCCCUUGUGGCAGCAACUGUUCCUCAGAAGGUGGGGACAGCGACAGUGUGUUUGAUAUACAGAAGAAUGUGGGCACUAUUAUCAUUGCAAAGCCCCUCGAUGCUGAACAGCGCUCCUUCUACAACCUCACAGUACUGGCCACUGACGGCAUCAACGCUGCAUAUGCACAGGUUCACAUUACUGUUAUGGACCACAAUGACAAUGAUCCCAUCUUCUCCCAACCAACUUAUGAUGUCACCAUUUCUGAAGAUACACCAUCUGACACUGAGGUGGUCCAGGUCCUGGCAUCAGACCGUGAUGAGCAUCACCAGCUAACCUAUUUUCUUCAGAGCUCCAUAGAACCAAACAGCAUGAGCCUGUUCCGCAUUCACCCUACUCUGGGCACCAUCUACACUGCUCAGAGGCUAGAUCACGAGGCCUGUGCCCAGCACAUUCUUACCGUCAUUGUGAAGGACCAAGAGUUCCCAUAUAGAAAAAAUCUGGCACGUGUGCUAAUUGAAGUGGAAGAUAUAAAUGACCAUGUGCCCAUAUUUACCAAUUCUCUGUAUGAAGCCUCAGUCUAUGAGUCAGCAGCAGUGGGAUCCGUUGUAGUUCAAGUUACUGCCCUGGACAAAGACAAAGGCGAGAAUGCAGAACUACGCUACUCCAUUGAAUCAGGGAACACUGGAAAUGCAUUCCAUAUUGAACCAGUUUUGGGUAGUAUCACAGUUGCACGUGACCUGGACUUGUCCAGCAUAGGCCACUAUGUUCUCACUGUCAGAGUCAGUGACAAUGGAGCCCCCCCAUUGUCAACUACAACAAUAGUGCGUAUUGCUGUCACUCUAUCUGACAAUACCAGUCCAAAGUUUCCACAGCCUGAAUACCAGACUGAGAUCUCAGAGAAUGCAAUGGUUGGAACUUCCAUCACCGCUGUUAGGGCAGUCAGCCAGUCCACCCUCACUUAUGACAUCAAACACGGUAACAUAGAUAACUUUUUUCAUAUAAAUCCAUAUAGUGGAGUGAUUACUACUCAAAAGCGUCUGGACUAUGAGACCAUUGCCUUUUACACCCUCAUAGUCCAAGCUACCAACAUGGCUGGCAUGACCUCCACUGCUACUCUGUUGAUACAGGUAGUGGAUGAGAAUGACCACCCACCAGUGUUCCAACAGCUUCACUAUUAUGGAAGCAUCAGUGAGGUAGCGCCAGUCAACAGUCUGGUCUUAAAAUCAGAUAACUCACCAUUAGUCAUCAAGGCUACCGAUGCUGACCACAACCAGAAUGCUCUGUUGGUCUACCAGAUUGUUGAAGACACUGCAAAAAAGUUCUUUACAGUGGACGCCGGAACAGGCUCCAUCAGAACAAUUGCUAAUCUAGACCAUGAGACAUUUGUUUCUUUUCACUUCCAUGUUCAUGUUAAGGACAGUGGUAGACCACAGUUAACAGCAGACAACCCAACUGAGGUCACAAUACAAGUAAUUGACACAAAUGACUCGCCACCUUACUUCACCAAAUAUGCUUUUGAAACAGUACUGCUACUCCCUACCUAUGUCGGAGUAGAAGUUUUGCAGGUUUCAGCCAUGGAUCCAGACGAAGUGGACACAGCACUCACAUAUUCUUUGACUGAGGGAGUACUUGAGCACUUUUCCAUUAAACCUUACAGUGGAAUUAUCAUAGUCAAAAACAGCAAUUUCUCCAAAGAUUGUUUCCGCUUCAGUGUCAAAGUUUCAGAUGGGAAGUUCUCCAGCACGGCUUGGGUGACUGUACUUGUCCGAGAAGCUCUGGACUCUGGCCUUAGGUUCACCCAGAGCAUUUAUACCUCAUUGAUUAAAGAGAAUAUAUCAAAUGUCACCAAAGUGGCCGUGGUCAAUGCUGUGGGAAACCAUCUCAAUGAACCAUUGACCUACACCUUGUUAAAUGCCGGUACACAUUUCAGAAUUCGUCCAACAUCUGGCGUUAUCCAGACAAAAGGUAUACCCUUUGACCGGGAACAACAAGAGUACUAUGAUCUGGUUGUCGAGGCAAGCCGGGAACAUGACAAACUACAUGUUGCAAGAGUUAUGGUUAGGGUACAAAUUGAGGACGUAAAUGAUAAUGCCCCUGUGUUUGUUGGGCUUCCCUAUUAUGCAGCUGUUCAAGUAGAAUCUGAGCCAGGAUCACCCAUUUUUAAAGUCAUGGCAUUAGAUGGUGACAAAGGUAUUAAUGGAAAUGUGUCUUACUAUCUCAAGGAUGACCAUGGUCACUUUGAGAUUAAUCAGCAGACCGGUAACCUCCACCUUAAAAGAUCAUUUGAGUCUGAUUUGUCCAAUGUGGAAUACCAAAUUGUAAUAUAUGCUAGAGACUGUGGUUAUCCACCUCUCUCAUCUACUAUAGAAUUCCCAAUCACUAUAGUUAACAAAGCAAUGCCUGUUUUUGACAAAUCAUUUUAUUCUGUUUCUGUGAAUGAGGAUGUUGCUUUGCACACACCUGUACUCGGAGUCAAUGCAACCAGUCCUGAGGGUCAAAACAUCAUCUACACCAUUGUUGAAGGAGAUCUGUCACUUCAGUUUGAUGUUGGUUUUGAUACUGGAGUCAUAAACGUCAUUCAUUUUCUGGACUAUGAAACUGCAUCUUCUUACCACUUAACCAUCAGAGCCACAGACUAUCUGACUGGUGCCCAUGCUGAGGUUAAUGUAGAUGUGUUGGUUCACGAUAUAAAUGAUAACCCACCAGUCUUCCAGAAAAGUUCCUACAUGGUAGUUUUGUCUGAAACAGCCAUGAUUGGAACUCCAGCACUACAAGUCACUGCCACAGACAAAGACUCAAAGGAGAACAAUGUUGUUCACUACCAGAUCUUCUCGGAUACCCAUAACAGCACGGAAUACUUUCACAUUGACAGUAGCAGUGGGUUAAUCUUGACAGCACGUAUGCUUGACCAUGAAUUAGUCCAAAAGUAUGACUUUAUUGUGAGGGCCACUGAUAAUGGGUUCCCACCAUUGAGUAGUGAAGUAUCUGUGUCUGUUGUGUUGAAUGACAUAAAUGACAAUCCUCCAGUUUUCAACCAGCUGCUCUAUGAGGCAUAUAUGAAUGAGUUAGCUCCUAGGGGUCAUUUUAUAACUUGUAUCCAGGCAUCAGAUGCUGAUAGCUCAGAUUAUGACAAAUUGGAAUAUAGUAUUUUGUCAGGAAAUGAAGGAAUGGAUUUUGUGAUGGACAAAAAGACGGGAAUCAUCACGUUGUCCAGUCAGCAUAAGCCAAGAAUGGAACCUGCCUACAGCCUCAAUGUUUCAGUGGCUGAUGGGCUGUUUACCAGCACUGCACAGGUUCAUGUUAAAGUGGUCGGAGCCAACCUGUAUGGUCCACUGUUUGGACAGAAUAUCUAUGAAGCAGAGUUAAGAGAGAAUGCCGUUGUGGGAACCAAAGUAAUACAGGUGAAGGCGACGGAUGCAGACUCUGGACUAUUUGGUCAUGUCACUUAUUCCUUUGUUAAUGAUGUGGCCAAGGACCAGUUUAGCAUUGAUUCAAGUGGCCAGAUCUACACCGCAGAAAAGUUUGACCGUGAGGACCCAGCCAAUAAAGACAUUGUUCUCACAGUUGCAGCUCAAGAUUCGGGUGGGCGCGUGUCUUACUGUAUAGUACAAGUUACUUUAUUGGAUGAAAAUGAUAAUGCACCUUACUUCUGCGCAAUGGAGUACAGAGCUUCAGUCAUAUCUGAUGUGACUAAAGGCUUCUUGGUGACACAGGUUCAGGCUCAUGAUCCUGAUUAUGGCACUAAUGCUGAAGUUAAAUAUUCACUUUACAGUGAGGCACAUGUCCCUGUGGUUGACAUUUUGGAGAUUGAUCCAGACAGUGGUUGGAUGGUGACUAAAGGCAGCUUCAGCCACUUGAAGAACUCAGUGUUAUCGUUUUUUGUAAAGGCUGUGGAUGGAGGAAAUCCAAUUCGGCAUUCUCUAGUGUCUGUCUAUAUCCAUGUUCUUUCUGUGGAAGCAGCAGAUGCCUACAUCCCUUCCUUCAGGCAACAUUAUUACUUAUUUAGCAUUCCAGAAAACACCCCCAUUGGUUCAACCAUAGGGACGGUGCAUCUUAACGGUCCUCUUGGAUCCUCCUCACACUCUCCUACCUUUUCCCUGGUUAAUGGAGAGAGUGAUGAAAACAACCAAAAUGGGGUGUUUGUGGUGGAAACAGAUACAGGAGUAAUCAAACUUGAUAAGCCAUUAGACCAUGAAGCAAUCCGAGGAUACUACUUCAAAGUAGCUUCCACUGUACAUCACGUUAAACUGGAUUCUGUAAUUUCUGUUGAUGUUGAGGUCAAAGUAUUGGAUCUCAAUGACAACAAACCAGCCUUUGAGGCCAACUCUUACGACACUGUUGUUAUGGAGGGUAUGCCAAUUGGAACUAGAAUUAUUCAAGUCCGAGCACGAGACCCAGACUUGGGUGCAAAUGGUCAGGUAAUAUACCAACUUGGUACAUUAAUCCUGGCAGAAGAGGAUUCAGAAAAGUUGGCUGGCACCUUUACUAUUGACAUUAACAGUGGCUGGAUCUCCACACUCAAGGCCCUGGACCAUGAGACUGACCCAUCCUACACAUUCACAGUAGUGGCUUCAGACCUAGGGGAGAACCUGUGUCUUUCCAGUACCACCACUGUGACAGUGGCAGUAUCGGACAUCAAUGACAACCCCCCCAAAUUUAUGGAGAACCGUUACUUUGGUUCAGUUCAGGAGAGUGACCCCCCAGGUGAGGUAGUGGCUGUUCUGAACUCUAGAGAUGAUGACAGCUCUACCCUUAACCACCAAGUCAGCUACCAUAUCACUGGUGGGAACUAUCGUGGCGUGUUUGCACUUGGUCUGGUUCAGGGUGAAUGGAAAAUGUAUUUGAAAGGAACACUAGACCGGGAGGAACGCAACCUCUACAUCAUCAAUGUCACGGCUAGCGAUGGACUUUUUGUAUCCCUAGCAAUGGUGGAGGUUACAGUGAUGGACACCAAUGACAACAGCCCCAUCUGUGACCAGGCUGUGUACACUGCCUUCAUUCCAGAAGACCUUCCAGUCAACAAUGUGCUACUGAGGGUUGGGGCUUCAGAUGCAGAUGUGGGCAUCAAUGCCUUAAUCCAGUACUCCUUACAUGGUCCUGGAUCCCAGGACUUCAGCAUGGACCCAGACAGUGGUGAGAUCAGAUCCUCUGUGAUUCUGGACCGUGAGAUGACAUCCAAUUAUUGGCUGGUUGCCCAAGCAACUGAUGGUGGUGGGCGCUGGUGCCGUGCUGUGGUGCAGUUGGCAGUAACUGAUGUGAAUGACAACCCACCUAUUUUUACACUGCCACAAUACACCGUCAGUGUCUAUGAAGACACUGUCAUCAAAGCACUAAUCACCCGCAUCCAGGCCAUAGACCCUGAUGAAGCAGGUCCGGGUCGUUUGGUGGUCUACUCCCUUUCUGACUCCUCUGGAGGUUCUUUCUCCAUUGAUAAGUCUUCAGGCAUCGUGGUCCUGGAAUGCACUUUGGACCGUGAAGUCCAGCCGGCAUAUCAGAUCACAGUUCAAGCAUCUGAUCAAGGAUCACCACUGCCUCUCUACUCAUUGGUCAACGUCACAAUCACUGUGUUGGACAUUAAUGACAAUCCACCUGUGUUUGAGCGUCGUGAUCAUCUGGCUACUGUCCCUGAGGAUGUGGGAGUGGGCACUGAGGUUUUAAGAGUUCAUGCUGCCAGCAAGGACAUAGGGACUAAUGCUGAGAUCACUUACACUAUCCGAUCGGGCAAUGAGCAUGGGAAAUUCUACAUUCAUCCACUGACAGGUGCCAUUAUAGUUGCCCAACCUCUGGACUAUGAGACCUGUAGGGACUACUUCUUGAUGGUGGAGGCUCGUGAUGGUGGCACACCACCUCUAAGUGCCAUUACUAAAGUGAACAUAAAUUUAACAGAUAUCAACGACAAUGCACCCAUGUAUAGCCGUGACCACUAUACUGCAGUGGUGUCAGAGGAUGCCACUAUUGGAGAGUAUGUUAUUGAGCUGGAAGCAGAGGAUGUAGACAGUCAGCUGAAUGGAGCUAUCCACUACACCAUAGUCAGUGGAGACAGAGACAAACACUUUUUCAUUGACCCUUUCAGUGGCAUCGUCAAGGUCAACAAGCAACUCGACUAUGAGACGGUCCCCAGCUACUCUUUGGUCAUCAGUGCUGUGGAUAGCGGAGUCCCAACCAUGUCCUCUGCUGUGAUCGUCAAUAUAGACAUCUCUGAUAUUAAUGAUAACCCACCAACCUUCUCCCCUGCAAACCUUACUGCUGUCAUACAGGAAAACAAGCCAAUUGGCACCAGUAUCCUGCAGUUGUCAGUCAUCGAUCAGGACUCCUCCUACAAUGGACCACCUUUUGACUUCCAUAUACUUGCAGGAAAUGAAGGCGGGGAAUUCAUGCUGAAGAAAGAUGGAACACUUGUGGCUAAUCAAGUAUUCCGAAGGGAUUUGGCAACUGAAUAUAAAAUUCAGAUACAGGUGACAGACUCUGGGAAGCCUCGUCUAUCUUCUUUAUCCAUGCUGACAAUUAGAGUUAUUGAGGAGAGCCUGCAUCGGCCAGUGGCACUGCCACUAGAAGUUCAUGUUGUCACUAUGGAGGAUGAAUUUCCUGGUGGUGUGAUUGGUCAACUGCAUGCCACUGAUGCUGACCCGUAUGAUGUCCUGACCUUUGGCCAUGCCCCACCCUCCCAGCGUAGUCUAUUUAAGAUCAAUUCUCAUGAUGGAAAGAUCAAUGCCCUGGGUGGGUUGGAUGCAGGCUGGUACUCUCUGAAUGCUAGUGUCAGUGAUGGCCGGUUUGCUGUUCCUGUGUCUGUAAGUGUGCAUGUGGAGCAGGUAAUACCAGAGAUGUUGCGUGAGGCAGUGACGGUCCGCUUCGAGAGUGUGGAGCCACAACAGUUUGUGGCACUGCACCUGAAGAGCUUGUUGAAGUUAUUCCAGAAGGUCGCAGCUUCGCAACAGCUAGAUACACUGCACCUGCUCAGUCUGCAGCCAGUUGGUGGUACGCAACAACUGGAUGUACUCAUCACCAUGGAAACAGCAGGGGGUGGGUAUUACAAAGCAGCCUACCUCACCCAGAAACUUAGUGCAUCACGUCGGCUGCUGGAGGAUGUGCUCAGAGUCUCAGCUAUCCUGGAUAAAAACUGCUCAGGGUUGGAGUGUCGUGGGGCGCAUUGUGAAGAGAGCAUUAUUCUGGAUUCGCAUAACCUGGCUACAUACAGCACUCCACAAGUCAGCUUUGUCUCACCUCGCUUCCACCGGACCUCACACUGUACAUGCAAUGAUGCCAGCUGUUCUGCUCUGCUAGGACAGUGUGAGGACCAGCUAUGUCCUGAAGACAUGGAGUGUGUUCCUGUAGAGAUUGCUAGAGGACGAUACUCAUGCCAGUGUCCACAUAGCAAACUGGAAGAGUGUGCAGGUCAUUCAUCUCUGAGCUUCUCAGGUAGCAGCUAUAUCAAGUACAGACUAUCUGACCGGCUGCAGACAGAGCUGAAACUCAGCCUGAGGAUUAGAACACUGCAGAGUCAAGGAAUCAUCAUGUACACACACACAGAGCCUGGUACUAUACUCAAGUUGGAAAAGGGGAAGCUGUUGUUCCAGCUGGCCUAUGGUUCUGUUGGAGCUAGUGACACUCUGGACAUGUUGGGCAUCUCUAGCCAUCGUAUCAAUGAUGGCAGCUGGCACACUGUGGCACUGGAGUUGAACUGCAACUUCAGCAGUUUGACACUGGAUGACAGCUACAUUGAGCAGCGCCGUGGACCAUCAUUCCCCCAACCGCUCACUUCAGACAGAACUAUCUACUUUGGAGCACUGGUACAGCCCCCAAACUCUCGCAGUCUCAUAGACUCCCAAAAGGAUCUGCGGGUGCUUGCAGGUUUCCAAGGGUGUCUGGACAGUGUCAAGAUGAAUAACAAUGAGCUGCCACUACAGAACAAACUUUCACAUUAUGCAGAAGUGGUGGGAUUAACGGAAGUGAAGCUUGGCUGCAUACUUUACCCUGACUCAUGUCUGCAGCAGCCAUGCCACAAUGGAGCCACUUGCACCAGUCUCUCUUCUGGUGGAUUCUCAUGCAGUUGUAUCCCCCAGUACACUGGAGAGCGCUGUGAGAUCAAGAUAACGGUUUGUGUUCCCAAUCCAUGUCACAACGGUGCUGUCUGUAAACCCAUUGGAAAUGCAUUCCUCUGCAGUUGCAGGAGAGGCUUCAGGGGUCUAAUUUGUGAGGAAGAUGUGAAUGAAUGUAACCACAAUAAUCCAGAGGGUGAGUGUGAGAAUGGCGGUACUUGCGUCAACACUCACGGUUCCUUCUACUGUAACUGCAAUGUGGGCUUUGUUGGCCAACGCUGCAGCCUACGCCCCGUCAUUGUCCCGGACAUGCAGGCUGGUCAUGCUGUGGUUGGUAAAGAGGAGCUUAUUGGCAUAUCUGUGGUGCUUUUUGUCAUCAUCACCCUCAUUAUUCUUUUCAUCGCUUUCCGCAAGAAAGUUUUCAAGAAGAACUACUCACGGAACAACCUUUCUCUGGUCCAGGAUCCAGCUACAGCUGCACUCCUCAACAAAGCCAAUGGUAUUCAGUUUAAGACACUUGGCUCAGUUUUACAUUGCACACCAGGAGACCCUGUCAACCUGUACUCAGAGCAAGUAAUGGAGCCCAAUAUAGUAGGAAAGGGCAGAAUGAUGGGACCGCCACAAGUCCCUGUGAGGCCUAUGACAUACACCCCAUGUUUUCAAGGUGACUCAUGGUCCACACUGGAGAAAAUGACUGAUUCAUUUAAUGUGGAGCAUACAGAGAUGAGCACCUUUCAUCCAGAGUCACCAAAAAUCUUGUCAGAAACCUCCAGGAGGGGUGUAGCGGUCUGCAGUGUGGCCCCCAACUUGCCAGUGCCACCUUGUCAGUCUGACUGUGACUCCAUUUGCAAAAGGCCAUGGGACCAUCAUGACGGUAAGAUGACUGGCAUGGCAGAAGAAGAAACCUGUUUCUCAUGGAGCAACAAAGGAAGUAACUCAGAGGUCCAGUCACUGAGUUCCCUUCAGUCAGACGACAAUGACAAUGCCUCCAUAGUGACCGUCAUUCGACUGGUCAAUGAUGCAGUCAACACAAUCGAAAGUGAAGUGUCAGUUAUGGACCAAGGUCAAACCUACAACCGAGCAUAUCACUGGGACACAUCUGAUUGGAUGCCAAACGCCAGACUGUCAGACAAUGAAGAAAGACCUUACUAUAAGGCGAGUCCUUGCAGUGAUGUUGCAAGCUUUGCCCCUUGUCAUGGAGGAAGCACCAGUGAAUUGGAGUCAGACUACUACCUUGGGGGCUAUGAUAUCGACAGUGACUACCCUCCUCCCCGUGAAGAAGAGUUCCUGAGCCAGGACCAGCUGCCACCUCCGCUGCCCACGGACGAGUACUUUCCUGAGCCCUACACACCACUACCUGCCAACCCACUGGUCUCCAAGGAGAGCACAUUGAGUUCUGGCAGUGCCGGGUGUCAGCAUGCCAGGCCACACUUCCAUCCCAGCCAAUACCUGCCUUCCCACCAGCUACUUGUUGGGGAAAUUCCCCUUGAGGACAUUAACGCUUCAGUGAAUGAGGUAGGUAAUAUGGAUACUGAUGAUUCUGUGUUGCCAAAUAUGCAACUGUCUGUGGGUGCAGAGUCAACCUCUGAGAUGCAGGUCCCCUGUGUGCUGGAUGACUUGGAACAUUGCAGUGACUUUGAAAGCAUAGAUGAGCUUCAUCUAGGGAUGACCAUAAUCACUGAUUCACAGCAACAGACUGAAGUGUGAUUGAUUGGUCAAUUUAAAAAUGGUGUACACUGAGCCACAAGGAGCGUAAGAGCAUAAGAGUGGCGCAGGUACACAAUAGGAUGCUAUCAAAUGGGAACAAAUGCUUGUGAUGAAAGAAUUGAAUAGAGAAUAUGAAUGCAACAGACAAAUCCAGAGUAGCUAGAAAUUACAAUUUUUUCCUUGUUUUGAAAACUUUGUAGUGACCCAAGGUUGUUCAUAAUUGUCACUGGCCGUAAAGUUUCAAUGGUAUUAAAUACUGGUUAUCACAUCUCCAGAAAAGAAACUAUAUUUGUUAUCAGUCUCUAAUUUUAGGAUAUUUAUAUAAUUGUAAUUUUAGUUAUAAAAUAUGUUAAGUCUGAAGUGGAGUGGAAAUUGUAAGUAUUGUAAUUCAUCUUUCAGUUCUAGUUCUGGGUUCUUGUUCUGGGUGCAGGGUUAUUUCAAUUAGAUACAGUUUUAUAUUUCUAAUGUAAGUAAGUGAAAAUAAACACAGUUCAUAUUUUUAAUUUUUAAUUUUAUUACUUAUGAUUGAGAUUAGUAUCUUGCUGCAUAACCGAGCUACACUUUGGAACUUCAUGAACUUCAAGAUUUCAGAGAGUGUCCAUUGAAUUAAUAUGUCAAUCAUUGAUUGCCCUGAAGCAGCAUCACAACCUCACACCAUCACUCUGCCAACUCCAGGUUAAAGCAUACACUAAUGCAGGUAUAGCAUUAUGACAACUGACAGGUGAAGUAACUAACACUGACCAUCACGUGGCAAUAUAAUGUUCUGGUGGGAAACGUUUCAACCUGCCGUUCAUGUGGAUGUUACUUAGACAUUUACAUUGGAUUACCGAGUUUCAAGUUUUGUAAUAAGGUGUGCAGUUCAAGAUAGGUUAGCAGAUUAAUAACAAACAAAUUCUAACAUUUUUUAACAAUUUUUUUGUUUUUUUGUUUAAUGUUGUCACAUUGUUUCCUAAAUGCCACGUGGGUUUUUGUAGGCAUUGCAUUCCAGUGUACUUUUAAAGAAAAGAAGUUAAACCCAUACUCACUCAUGGUUCAUUCCCACCUGCCCUCAAGGAUAAACAGCACAUCUGACUGGUUGAGAUUAUUAGGGUUUUGCUGAUAUGUGUUUUGGUAAUGGGACACUCUUUUUGUACAUUUCCCUCAGAUGGAAUUUCACAAUUUCUCAAGAUAUUGUUUAAGUUUACUUUGCUUUGCUUUCAAACACACUAGGCAGCAUCACAAAUUUGUCCUGACAUUUUGUGAACAAAGUUGUUGUGUUUAAAUUUUCAAAAAUCAGACAGAAGAUAAAUCGUUUCAAAUGCUUGACAUCAUCACUGUUUUGUAAUACUUUGCCUGAUCUGCUCAGAAAAAGCAGCUUUUUUUGUUAGUGAAAUAUCUGUGUUUGACUUUACUUCUCUGUACAGUUUUUCUGGUGUGUUAAAAUCUAAUUUUGUAGAUUGUAGGAAUUGCAAUUCUGAACAGAAUUCUGAACAGAGUAUGUGAUAUGAAUGUGUAGCAUCAUAUAUUAGCUAUUUCGUCAUUAUUUGCCUAUUCUAUAAAGAACCGGAACUGCCAAAAUAAGUUAAUAAAAAAAUAGGUUAUUAUAUAAACGUUAGAAAAGGGAGUGUUAUCCCAGAGGCGAGAGCCAGACAGUAAACUUCAUUCGUGUGAUUUUUUUCUCUUGACGAUUGAGCAAGAUUAGAAUUCCCCACACUUUGUUCUCCAGUGAAUGUUGGCUUUUCCUUCCUUGUCUGUUCUAUUUUCGCACACAGUUAAAAUCAGUCCAUCUUCAGUUUCUGUGUCAGUACUUUAUUUGUCAAUAAUUGCAACCUCUGGAGAGGUACAGUCAGGGGAGGCAAUGUGUUACUUUUCAUGAUGAAAAGCAUUGCCAAUAAAAUAGAUUAUACUAUUUGCCCAUUGAUUAGUGAUAUAAACCUAAUUUCCAGUAUGAUUACAGUCAUUUUGAUCAUUUUUAUAGUCAAAGUCGCUGAUACCUGUAUUUCCUGUGUAAAUACAGGUAUCAACACGAGCUGAAGCAUCACCUCAAAAACACAAUCUUUCACAAACUGAGUUAGGCUUAUAUCUUCAUCAUCACCAAUAUCUCUGUCACCAAUACUACGGUUGUACACAGUUCGACUUCAGCCACCUACCAAUCCAUCACAUUAUCAAUCCACCACACUCCACCAUGAACAAUCCACUCCACCACAGCAUAUAGGCAUUCAUUUGUAAUCCAGACUAAUACCUUGCAUGUUCAUGUUUCCUCAGUAAAUGUUCAUUCUGCCCCAUGUCUGCAAAAGGUCUGUCAUCCAGGUAAAGAUUUAUCCAAAAAAUGCUAAAGGACUGGUGGGGAGUUAGGGUUUCAAUAGGAAUAUCUCUAACAACCCAUUAUCAGUGGGAAGCUCCAGUCUCAUUCUGCACCCAUUUGAUUUCUCCUUCAUCAAUCCUUCAUAAUUUUUCUUUAUUUAAAAGUAAAAUGUGGGUGUAAAUAAAUAAAGUGAAAUAAAUUGGUUGAUAGUAAAUAAAUAAAUACACUGAUAAAAAAAAAAGGAAAUUAAUUAUUAAAUAAAUAAACUGGGCAAUUAAAUGGGAAAAUAGAGGCAUUUACACAAUAUCCAUUUAUAUUGCAUAAGAGUUUAUGACAGUUCUGGCCCUCCAUACAUUGCCUUUUUGCCUCCAUACUCUAUGCUGCAGAUUACUUUUGCUCUUUUAGUAUUGCCUUUUAAUGUCACAUUCAUUAGUUUUGUUAAUAGAACAGUUUCAGUGCAUUUCUUUCAUAUCAAAUGUUUUGAUGAAUUUCUAAUGAUAUUUUAAGUCUGUUUAGUUUUAAGACACACUUGGCUGUCUGCAUAAAUGUAGUGUUUAAAGUUGUUUUUAUUACAUCCUUUCAAAAACCUUUGUUCAGAAAAUAAAACAGAAGUUGCUUAC